UUUGUUUGUUUGUUAAUAUUCAAAUAAUAAAAUACUAGAAGAAUCAGACGUGGCCUCCUCCUUUCAGUUCCAGCCUGUUUCAACUUACUUUUCCGCCAAAAAAAGCCCAUUGAAAUUACAGUUUUAUCCAAUUUUCGUCGGAGAGAAUUAGCGGCAGGUCUAUUUCAACCGACCUCUAAUUGAUUCAUCCGCCAUUGUAGCCACUGAGAGUCAGAGAGAUGGCCAUACUUUACGCUUUAGUGGCUCAUGGAUCGGUGGUGCUGGCGGAGAACAGCGCCACCGCCACCAACGCCACCACCAUCUCCAGACAGAUACUCGACAAGAUUCCUGGAGACAGUGACAGCCACGUGUCCUAUUCUCAAGAUCGGUACAUAUUUCACGUCAAACGCACCGACGGUCUGACUGUUCUUUGUAUGGCUGAUGAUACCGCCGAAAGAAGAAUCCCUUUUGCAUUUCUUGAAGACAUUCAUCAGAGAUUUGUAAGAAGUUAUGGCCGUGCUGUUCAUUCAGCACAAGCUUAUGCCAUGAAUGAUGAAUUUUCAAGGGUAUUAAGCCAGCAAAUGGAGUACUACUCUAACGACCCAAAUGCAGAUAGGAUAAAUCGAAUAAAAGGUGAAAUGAGUCAGGUACGAAAUGUUAUGAUAGAGAAUAUUGACAAAGUAUUAGAGAGAGGUGAUCGUUUGGAAUUAUUGGUGGAUAAAACUGCUAAUAUGCAAGGAAAUACAUUCCGCUUCAGAAAGCAAACUCGUCGUUACAGAAGCACUGUAUGGUGGAGAAAUGCUAAGCUCACGGUUGCACUUAUUCUGCUUAUCCUGGUGAUUAUUUAUGUUGUUCUGGCUUUCGUUUGUCAUGGGCCUGCUCUUCCUUCCUGUGUAUAAAUAAAUAUAAUAAUGAGGAUUUGUAAAUAUUUCUUUAGUUCUCCUGCAGCUAGCUACCCUACCAAUGAGUUUUGUUUCAACGAACGGAAUAAUAUUAAUAUUCCUUUUUUAUUCCCGCU